GCUUGAGAGGGGAAUCUUGUUUAUGGGUAUAGGAUCUCUGUUAUUUCAAUUGUGAGGAUUUAUACUGGUUUAUUUAAUAAGGGUCUGGUCGGCAUAUAUUUUUAUAUACCAACGCCAACGCAUACAGCUUCAUAUACGAAUCUACAGCAUAUAUUCAACACGAACAAAAGGCUGUACUGUAUAAUCCAUUACACUAAGUACAGAAUCCCCUAACAUAGCGCGUCCCGUGGACACAAAAACAAACAUACCACGCGUAUCCUUUGCGCCAGCCGAUUUAUCAUGUUGGAGCUGGGUAUGGUGCACUGAACGCUGUUGUUCGACAAACAUUUACAAGCAUCACCUUUUCUGUGCGGGAGUUGGGAGAAUUAAGGAUAUACAACUUCGGCAGCUUUCUCAGUUUGGAAGGGGAUAAGACUCGAAUAUAUCCCUAAGAUCGAAGGACUCGAAUAUCUCGACAUUCUUAUACUCGAAGAGCCAUCUCCUCACUCACAUUGACAUAACACACACACACGAACCUCACAUACCACCACCACCACAACCACAAAAUGUCUAACCCCAUACCCCCAGCCGUCUUCCCCCAAACAACCACCACCCCCGCCAAACCAACGCUCUCCCUCGCCCCCAGCACCUCAACCCCCUCCUCCACCCACCCCUCAACCUACCUCUUCCUCCUCCUCCUCGCCCUCCUCCUCUUCCUCAUAACCUUCUACCUCAUCUCUCGCCGUCACCGCGCCCGCGCCCUCGCCGCCCGGCACGCCGGCGUCCGCGCCCUGGCUCUCGACGUCGAAGCACUCACCGGCUCUCAGCACCCGCGCACCCUCUCCCCUUCGACGCCAUUGCCGCCGCGGGGAUGGAGGUUCGCGAGGCUACUGAGGUUGCCGACGAGACGGAGGGUCGUGGAUGAGGAUGCGGAUUGGGAGUUGGAUGUUGAUGAGGUGGGGCGGGCGCCGCCGCCUUAUGUGGGGGAGUGGAAGGAGGGACGGGGGGAUGCGGGGUUGCCGGCUUAUGAGGAGGUUUGUGGGGGUGCGGGAGUUGGGGUGGUGGGGGGGACGGUGGAUGAGGUUGGGUUGAGGAGGAGUGAGGGGGAGGGGUUGAGGGUUCCGGAGAGGGUGGCUAGGAGGGGGAGUGAGGGGGAUUGGAGGGGGGGGAGAAGGGGGGAGAGGGACUUGGAGGAGGAGAGGAGGAGGGAGAGUGCUUAG